AUGCGGAAAUCACCCUCUACUCAAAAAUCAAAUCCAGUAACAACCGUUUACGAUCACGAAAAAUACGCGCAGAUAAGUAUCCAGCAGAUCCGUUGGUUACUGAAGUCAAUUGGCAUUUGGCCCAAUUCACUCAAAUCAUCUUCUUCGAUACAGAAAUAUGUGCGCGUGCUAAUGAACGUAAUUUAUCUCGGUAUGGUGGCUUUUCUCUUCAUUCCGUGCGUCUUCUACGUCGUGCUUGAAGUCGAAGAUAUAUACAAUAUUUUAAAGUUUACCGGACCGUUAUCCUUUGGUCUGAUGGUUACCAUGAAGUACUGCUCGCUGGCCCUUCAUGGGAGAGAUAUCCGUGUAUGUAUCGAGCACAUCAAGACCGAUUGGAGAAAUACGUGGUAUCAUGAUGAUCGCAUGAUUAUGAUUAGAAACGCGGAAUUCGGCCGUCGUCUUAUAAUAAUCAACGCGUUCAUCGCGUACGGCGGUAUCACGUUCUAUCACAUCGCUAUGCCAUUGAGCAUGGGCAAGAUCACAGAAAGAAAUAGUAAUCUGACGUAUCAGCCACUGGUGUAUCCGGUCGCAAAGAUGAUCGUCGAUACACGUCAUAGUCCAAUUAAUGAGAUUUUCUUUUGGACUCAGUUCGCGUCGGGUGUCAUUUCGCAAACUGUUGCGACCGCUACCUGUAGUUUGACUGCCGUUUUGGCAGUACACGCUUACGGUCGUCUGGAAAUUCUCAUGCAGUGGAUUUUGCAUUUAGUGGACGGGAGAGAGGAUUUUUCUAAUAACGUGGAUGAGAGGCUAGCCAUAAUUGUGCGACAACAUGUGCGAAUUUUGUGGUAA